CCCCGCGCCCGCGCCGCGCGCCCUCCCGCGCCCGCCGCCCGUGCCUCCCCCGCGGCCGCCGGCGGAGCAACUUCUCGAGCGCCCGCGGCCGGCCGGGUCCCGGCGCCGCCCGCGGCCAUGGACGCGCCGGCCUGGCUGCUGCCCCCGCUCCUGCUGCUCUGCGCGCAGCAGCACCGCGGCACCAGAGCAAUGAAUGACAUUGGCGACUAUGUCGGCUCCAACCUGGAAAUAUCCUGGCUCCCCAACCUGGACGGCUUGAUAGAGGGCUAUGCCCGCAACUUCCGGCCCGGCAUUGGAGGCCCCCCUGUGAACGUGGCACUCGCCAUCGAGGUGGCCAGCAUCGACCACAUCUCGGAGGUGAACAUGGAGUACACCAUGACGGUGUUUCUGCACCAGAGCUGGCGCGACAGCAGGCUGUCCUACAACCACACCAACGAGACUCUGGGCCUGGACAGCCGCUUCGUGGACAAGCUGUGGCUCCCGGACACCUUCAUUGUGAACGCCAAGUCCGCUUGGUUCCACGACGUGACCGUGGAGAACAAGCUCAUCCGGCUGCAGCCGGACGGGGUGAUUCUCUACAGCAUCCGCAUCACCUCCACGGUGGCCUGCGACAUGGACCUGGCCAAGUACCCCCUGGAUGAGCAGGAGUGCAUGUUGCACCUGGAGAGCUAUGGCUACUCGUCCGAGGACAUCGUCUACUACUGGUCCGAAAACCAGGAGCAGAUCCACGGGCUGGACAAGCUGCAGCUGGCGCAGUUCACCAUCACCAGCUACCACUUCGCCACGGAGCUGACGAACUUCAAAUUGGCCGGCCAGUUCCCACGGCUCAGCCUGCACUUCCACCUGCGGAGGAACCGGGGCGUCUACAUCAUCCAGUCCUACAUGCCCUCCGUGCUCCUGGUCGCCAUGUCCUGGGUCUCCUUCUGGAUCAGUCAGGCAGCGGUGCCCGCCAGGGUGUCUCUAGGCAUCACCACAGUGCUGACCAUGACCACGCUGAUGGUGAGCGCCCGCUCCUCCCUGCCGCGGGCCUCGGCCAUCAAGGCGCUGGACGUGUACUUCUGGAUCUGCUACGUCUUUGUGUUCGCCGCCCUGGUGGAGUACGCCUUCGCCCACUUCAACGCCGACUACCGGAAGAAGCAAAAGGCCAAGGUCAAGGUCAAGGAGCAGAAGGCUGAGAUGGACGUGAAGAAUGCCAUCGUGCUCUUCUCCCUCUCGGCCGCGGGCGUCACCCAGGAGCUGGCUGUGUCCCGCCGGCAGUGCCGCGUGCCUGGGAACCUCAUGGGCUCCUACAGGUCGGUGGAGGUGGAGACGGAGAAGCAGGGGGGCCGGCGGGGGCUCCGUGCGCUUUUCAAGCCCAUCGACGCGGACACCAUUGACAUCUACGCCCGCGCUGUGUUCCCUGCGGCCUUCGCCGCCGUCAACGUCAUCUACUGGGCCGCCUACACCAUGUGAGGCCCACGGUGGGCCUCGCGGGUCCUGCGCCCAGGACCUCCCUGGAGAAGGACCCCUGGGGGACUCUGCGUGUUUCAGAGUGGGGAGGACCACGGACCACAGGAAAGAAGAGGAAAGCCUUGGCCUCGCUCAGCAUCCCCAGGCUCUGUUCCCACCCUCCCCCGGGCCCCUGGUCUGCAGAAGACGGCCCGGCCUCCUCUCCAGCCGCCUGACCCAGGAGCCAGGCAGGCACGGGGCCCCCGGGGAGCUUUGCAUCUGACUUGGAAAAGGAUCCUGAUUCUGGACUUGGCUCUGUGGGUUUGGACCAGGGAAGGGGAGGAGACCGGACGUGGACGGUGCUCAUCGUCUCGGUGAGGAGGUGGGAAGGGCGUUAGUGGUCUUUGGCCCCAGCAUGAAAUAAAACAGAGCCUUUGGCCA